AUGCCCGCUAAGGGCCAGGAUCAUGUUGAAUGGUUCAAGGAUUUCUUCGUCAAGCAUGGCAUGGAUCAACGGUUCGGACUGGCCAUGAUUCACCGCCACUUUGAUCUGGAACCCUCGGAGAAGCUGGUAGAAUAUAUGGGGACCUCGACACCUUGGUCCGGUGGUUCUUCUGGGAUGAAGGAGCCCCAGCCAGCCAUGUGGGCCUUUGACGAUGUUGGGCUCUUAAGGCCGACUGAGUAUCACUACUCAGAAACGCAGGACGCGGAUUUUACCCACAAAGACUUGGAAUUUUUCGCCAAGUUCAAGGCCGAGCUUGCACUGCGCAACUUGGCCGACAUUUUUGGUUUGGCUCGAUACCCCGGAGACGACUUUGAGGGCUCUUGCGAGUUUACCCAGGGCAGGGCCAAUAUCAAUCUCCAGCCUCAUGACUAUCCUGCCAUUUUAAAGGCCAUCUCCACUGUCUGGUUCUUCUCUGAACCUCUCUGGAAGCGGGGAUGCAAUUGCAAAUGCAACGCGAAUGCUGACGAUCAUCCCCACACGCACCUGGAUGCUCGGAAGUAG